CAAUUUUCGCUAUAUAAACUGCGGUCCAAGAAGGAGACCAGCUGGAAAAAGAAGAAUAUGAAGAAGGAAAGACCUAGAAGAAGAAGAAGAACUCACCUCUAAGACACAGCCUAAGAUCAGAGCUGCUAAGAAUCCUCUGCACAACUGUGACGUGCAGCAACCAGAAUUCAGAUGAGACCGACCUUUGCCUGGCCAACAGAGAAAGUCCACCUGGAUGAUCAGGAUAGAUGCCUGGUACAGCGAGGCAUGACCGAGACAUGGCAGUCCAGGCCAAAAGAAAUCUGGCCAAAACCACAGACCCAAUUGAGAGGCUUCGGCUGCAGUGUCUAGCAAGAGGGUCUGCAGGCAUCAAAGGACUUGGCAGAGUAUUUCGGAUUAUGGAUGACAACCAAAACAGAACCCUUGAUUUCAAAGAAUUCUUGAAAGGGUUAAAUGAUUAUGCUGUAACAAUAGAUAAGGAAGAAGCUCAAGAGCUUUUCAGGAUCUUUGAUAAAGAUGGCAACGGAACAAUAGACUUUGAUGAAUUUCUUGUAACAUUAAGACCUCCAAUGUCUAAUGCCAGAAAAGAGGUGGUCAUGCAAGCAUUUAGGAAGUUUGACAAAACCGGUGAUGGUAUUGUAACCAUUGAAGACUUACGGGGGGUGUAUAAUGCGAAGCAUCAUCCUAAAUAUCAGAAUGGAGAAUGGACAGAAGAUCAAGUUUUUAGAUCCUUUCUAGAUAACUUUGAUUCACCGUAUGAGAAAGAUGGGAAGGUUACAACAGAAGAAUUCAUGAACUACUAUGCAGGAGUCAGCGCUUCAAUAGAUACUGAUGUCUAUUUCAUUAUCAUGAUGAGAAAUGCUUGGAAAUUCUAACUGUGACAAAAGAUGAGUUUUUGAACUAUUACGCUGGAGUUAGUGCGUCUGUGGAUAGUGAUGCCUACUUCAAUCUAAUGAUGAUGAAAUCCUGGAAACUGUGAUUUUUUCUAUUACUACUUUUUGCAUCAGAGAUGAUGAAGAAGUGCAGUGUUUUUCAGGAGUUCAGUGUGGGUUUCAUUUUUUUUUUCAGCUGAUUCCUUGGGCUAGAUUUUCAGAAACAUGCAAUGACAUUGCACCUGCAAAAUCAGCGGUUUCCCAAUUAACUCAACCCUUGUAUAUGCUUUAAUAUUUUCAAUAGGGGGCUCAUAAUAGGCAAUUAACAAGAACUGAGUGAGCUGGGAGCUGUAGUAAUCUACCGAAGUUUGCAAUUACAUUUUCAGUGUAAUCACUUGUAUGGCCAUGUAUUAGAUUUGUAAUGUAGAUAUUCCUGAUGUAUAUAAAAGCACUAAUUUGUAAGGGUUUCGUCUAUUUACUGAUCAUCAUAAUAAGGGGUUUAUUUGACACUGAAAUAAUUUUGAAUGAUUAUUUUUAAUGUUUUCUUUGUAUUACAUUUUAACAAGUUUAAAAAGACAGCCUCAAAAGCCUGCAACCGAAACAACAAAUGCAUAAAACAAAGAACAAAUUAACUCUCAAACCCCAUCUGUUUAAUCCAGAUAGGCAAAUGUACAUUAUGCUUUACAAACAUGAGCCCCAACCCUGUAAAUACCUUAGCAUGUGAGUAGUUCAAUGGGACUAGUCACAUAUGUAAAGUUACCAAUAGGCAUAAUCAUAUUGAAGAUAGGGGCUAUAGUUCUGGUAAAUGUUCUUUAAGACUGCUUGUACUUCCAUUGAAGUCAAUAGAAGUUUUGCUAUUGGACUACAAUGAAUAUAAGAUUGAACUUCUUAUCCAGGUUUGUUCCUCUU